GUCGACUUCAUUGUGUUGUCAUUUCACACAUCACCAAUAGUUUUUUUGUUUGAUUGUUAGGGCGCAAGAUGACCCAAAGUCCAGGACUAAGUGUUGAUGGUGAGAAAUUCCAUUCCAAUGGACAACCAAAGCUGUUUAAGGGAACCACGUUAGUGUGCCAUAUUCCAAGAGAAGACGGGAUGUUCCAGAAGCUUUUGGAUGUUUAUCGACACCUGAUUGGCUGUAAAUAUACCGAUAAGCUAUGUCUUCUUCCAACGUCGAGUUACCACAUCACAAUCAUUGGAACUUCCAAUAGAAGAGUGAUUCCCCAGAAGGUUAUAACUGAGGACAUCGAUGGUGGAGACGAUACGAUCUUUGAAAAGGUUUAUCAACAGCUACAGAAUGUGCCCGGACUGCUGGACUUUGAAUUCCCGCUGUCGUUCAAGGCUGUUGGGUUCGUAUUCAGUGGUAACACCUUAUCUCUUCGCAUGGAGCCGUUGUACCACCAAAAAACCUCACUUGAGAUACUGAGGAGCCAAAUAAGCGAUGUGCUUGGGCUCAAAGAAGAACAUGGGUAUUACUAUCAUAUUACCUUAGCCUAUUUUGUAGAGCAAUUUGACGAAUCAGAUAGAUCUGAGUUCUUGAAAGGUCUUCCUCAAUUGAACAAGUUAGUGGAAGGCAGUAUCGUCAGCUUCAAUCAGAUGGAGUUUUGCACUUUCCAAGACAUGUUUGACUUCAACAUCAAGCAUUUUGAUAGACUCUGUGGGGAUGAACGAGGGAAGCUGAAGUCUGGUCCGAAGCCAAAGAACCCUGGCAGAUCAGACGAGAUCUAUGGGAAGAUCCCCUUUGAGGAACUCGCCCACUGUAUAAGGGCCUUCAAUACCCACAUGUACGUCUUCUUCCCUGUUGUUUCAAGCGAUGAGCUCAUUUCACGUAUCUUUUCAUUCUGCAAAACUGACCCUACUUCAAAUCUUCAAUUGAUAGCUUUAAACGAGGAAAGUGCACUGACUUACGCCCUCUGUUGUUCAAUAUCUGCUGUCGUUUGUGUCCAUUUCCAACGCACUGCGUCAUACUCACCCAAGCCUCUUACCAGUUGUUCGUCUUCUGCUAAAUACGUCGAUGAAGCAAGACAAGUAGUUCACGAAUUUGGGCUGGAUAUGAAUCCAACAAUGGAAACUGCACUUAUGCAAUUCUUCUUACAUGUUUACUACUCUUCUUCAAAACAAUCGCUGAAGAAAGGAAUAAUAUGUCUACGAGAUGCGAUCUCGAUAAUACAACUGUUCGGCUUGCAUUGUGAAACAACGUAUUCAUUCCUACCAAGAAACCAGGCACAUUUAUGGAGGAAGAUUUACUACAUGAUACUGAUUACAGAAAGGUUUCAAUGCUUCAGACUGCAAUGUUAUCAAAUCAAAUUCGAUGCACUAUUACAGGCAUCUAUCAACUUUCCCACAGUUGAAGACGACAAGCACCCUGAUGUGUUAAUUGGGUUCGUGCAGUUGGCACAACUGUUCAGUGCUGCAGACAUCUUUUUCCUUUCAGUUGUUUAUGGAACCGUCACGGUACUGCAUCCUGAACUUGACAAAGAGAUGAGUUUAAUACAGAACAUAUACAACAAGCACACCAGGUGUUACCUUACCAAGUCUUCAAUGGUCAAGUUUCAAUCAAAUUUAUUGGAGUCACUCCGGAUGUUGGACCAAGUUAAGGACCAGUCACAGUUGGUUAACAUCCUUCUUACUAAGGCGUGGUUACAAAGCCUUGGAUGGAGUGCCUCUUUGAAUGAGAAGUACAUUGAAGAAGAAGCCAACGAGGCCUGUCUCAGAAGUACAUUUCCACAAGACAUAGCUACGAAUUUUCUUCGUGACACUUGCUCAUUACCCGAAUCUGCCUUCACCAUGAAUGGACCUGGUAUUUGCCUCAAAAUGCUUCAGCUCGUUGACUCGUUGCAAUCGAGAAUUACUGAGACACCGGAUCAAUGGGAUGAUUGGAUGCUGUUACAUGAUAGGUUGUUCAGUCUGACUCAGAAGAUUGAGAAGUACAAGUGGCCUGGUUAUCAGAUCCCUGAUAAACUCUUUUUGAAUAUACAAACUUUUGAACAAUCUAGGUCGAUACCUGGAUCGUUACUGUUUCUAGAAGAAUCUUCUGUGGACAAAUCUAAUGAAAGGUUUGGGAAUAGGACAAUAACACACUCUAAUACGGUCAAAAUCGGCUUACUCGUCCUUGCAGAAGAAGAUAUGACGCUAAUGACACAACGUACAAAGAACAUCAGAGCCCAAGGCGUAGCCCAUGACCUGGAAGCACAAUUCAGAAGAGUAUCGCAAUGAGUGCUUCAGCGAGCCGACACAAUAGCACACCGGUGGAUCAACAGUGAGUCCCAGUCUUUCCCCCUGCCUCUGUCUCAACCUCGCGUAGUAACCAUCAAGACAGUAAUAACCUCAAACACACACGUUUGUGUCACAUUAAACCCGCACACCACAUCACGUGCCUAUCUUACGUAAUUUCUUACGUAAUCCACAACCCCCAUCUUCGUGCCUCCCCUCCAAGCCCCAUCAGAGCCACUAAAUCC